AUGGCAAAAGAGGAGGAGAUUGUGUUGAAGGAAAUUGAAUUCUUCGGCGAUUCUUUUGUUUUUCAAGAAACCUCUAGAAAGCGUCCACAUCCAGUUGGACCCAAAGAGGAUGACCAAAUCCAGGAGGAAGAGAAGAAGAAGAAGAGAUUGGAGAAUACUCCAGAGGGAGAGGUUCCAGAUGACGACCCAAUUCCAGAAGAUCCGUUCCAGAAUCCUCCAGAAGAUUCUAAAGAUGAGAUUCCAGAAGAUCCGAUUCAAGAAUCAUGCUGA